GGGACCCGGAGCUCGGUGGAGAGCGGGAGCUUGGUCUGCACUGCCUACGCCGCUGGCAGCGGGGGAAGGCGGACCGGCGAUUGCCCAGUACCCGCUCUCGGCUGCCCUCUGCUCUGCUCUGCGCCCCUGUCAUCCUCAUUCGGGACGCAGUAACCAUUUUUUUUUUUUUUAAAUCACAAGGGCGUGGGUCAGCCUCCCCUAGGACUUCAUGUCUGUAUAUUUCCCCAUUCACUGCCCUGACUAUCUGAGAUCGGCUGAGAUGACUGAGGUAAUGAUGAACACCCCAUCCAUGGAAGAGAUUGGCCUCAGCCCCCGGAAGGAUGGACUCUCCUAUCAGAUCUUUCCCGACCCAUCAGACUUUGACCGAUGCUGCAAACUGAAGGACCGUCUGCCCUCCAUCGUGGUGGAACCCACAGAGGGGGAGGUGGAGAGCGGGGAGCUCCGGUGGCCCCCUGAGGAAUUCCUGGUCCAGGAGGAUGAGCAAGACAACUGCGAAGAGACAGGGAAAGAGAAGAAAGAACAGUAGAGUCCCGAGGGCUCACCUGGGUCGUGCGAGCCAGUGUACCUGAACUGUUUUUCCCAUCGCGAUGGAAGAAGAGAGUGAGCCACAAUCAUUCUGAAAAAUGUCAAACGAGGCUUCCGUUUUGCACCUGAAAAUCUCCGAGUCGGUUUUCUUUUGUCUUUUUUUUUUUUUUUAAAUUCGUUGAGCAAUGGAGCCCUCUGACAACUUGCAAGGCUGAGAAAGGAAGCUGCUGAAAACAGGGGUGUGGGUGGGGGUGUGGGAAAGGGGUGCUGCUUCUAAGAUCCCUAUCUGAACUCUAGUGCCAGAGGCAGUGUGUGUGUGGUGGUGGGGGUUCUGGCUGAGGGAGGGAGGUGAGCACAUGAGCAAGAAACAUUUUGGGUUUAAAAAAAAACGAAAACAAAACAAAACAAACCCCACAUUUUUAAAGAGAACUACAGCCAGUAAGUGCUUAACAGCAUUUGCUCUGGCUGCCGGGGCAUCUGACAACCAAGUUUUCAUCUCCAGUCUUGCUGCUCACCUCCACUAACCUUUGCUUUCAUUUCAAGCCUGUUGGCUACCCACAGAGAAACGGGGCCAGGACAAACCGCCUAUGAGCCUAUGAAGUAAGCUGGGGGGCUCCACAGGAAAGGAAGCGUCCCCCUGUCCUUCCCGCAGACUCUGCCCCAGCUGCUUCAGGUUCUCAGCCCCCAGGGACCUGGAGGCUUGUAAGGGGUAGUACUUUUGAGUUUUUCUUCCUAUUUACCUUUUUUGCCUCCUAAUACAUUGGGGGAAAUAGUCAGAGCACUUCUCGCCCUUAUGGGACACCCCAAGGCUGCAGCCUGAACACGGAGUGCCUCCCUCCACUGUGGGUCUCCUAAGAACUCUUACCAAGUCCUCAUGGAACAGAAUGGUAGAAGACUCAGCUCCCCCAGGCCUGCUUUUCUGUCUCCUUUGAUCACAGCAGUCAGGGGGAUGGUCCCUAGCUCUGCUAUGAACUAUCACCCAUCUGACCUGCAGCACCACCCCAACGCGGUCUCCAGCCUGACUAUUGUGGGAGGUAAAAGCAGAGUGUGUUUUCCUGGUUGGAUGGUUGGCUAGUGGGGCCUUUCAUGAUGCUGAUAGAUUCGCUGAGACUCCCAUGUGGUACCGGAUUUCCCAUGGGGUGGUUUUUACCCUGGGGUCACUGCUGCUCCCCGUGAUGCACCUGAACACAAGUUGGGGGAAGGUAUGGGGUGACCUGGGAUAUCCUUGUGGAAUAGCAGCCUUUAUCCCUUUCCCAACUCACCUGUUUCUGGCAAGGGUAGCAGUUGCAUGGGGGAAAUUAACAUCUGGACUCAGCCUCUGAUCAUAGCUCAGAACCUUCUGGAAUAGUAGGUUAGAAGGCAGAGUUCUCAGAGGGGGACUGUUUGGUCAAGAGGUGGACUUAAAGCCUUCCUUGGGCUUCCCUCAACCAACUGAGGCACUCCCAAUGUCCCCUCAUAUCUCUGUCAGUCCAGCUUGACCCCCAUCUUUGGACUAGUGUGUCUAGCUGUAUUUAAUACCUCAAAGUCAGUGUGGCUCUGGGCCACGUUGGGGCAAGAGCGUGGGGGUGUGCUGUUGACGCGGCAUUCAGCGAGGUUCGGAUUGGGGAUGCCGAUGGUCAUUCCCCCACCCCCUGCCUCUUCCCUCUGUCGUCUGCCUGUGAUACACACCGAUGGCAAUAACUUUUUCCGGCUCCUCGCAGAAGUGGGAGAGAGCUGCAGCCAACCCCGUGACGGGGGAAGCGUCUCUCUCUUGCUCUCGCUCUGCUCUGUUUUGGCUACAGAGAUCUGUUCAUCCCAUGUUUCCCCUCCUGCAGCAUUUCCUGUCCCUCGCCUCCCUUUAUGGACAGCUGUCUGGCCUUUUAAAUUCCUGUGUUUUGGUGUCUUCUCAGCCCUACCCCAGUUAUCUGUCUUGGUCUUGCUGUGUGAUGGAGACGUGCUUGUAAAUCCAGUAUCAAAUCAGCUUUGUGUAUAUGUGUGUUUAUGGGGUGGUUUCUUCCUUUCGCUGGUCACUAGACCGUGUUGUACAACUGUGUGCAGUCUGAGCAGGCCAGGGCCUGACAGUUAAUGGCAGGCCCCUCAGCCGUUGAGCCUGCUGGGGAGACCCAGCUGCUCUUGGGCAAGUGGCUGAGCUCCUGUCUGGCCUCCUCCUCCUCCUCCUCCUCCUCCUCCUCCUCCUCCUCCUCUUCCUCCUCCUUCUCUUCCUCCUCCUCCUCCUCCUCUUCCUCCUCCUUCUCUUCCUCCUCCUCCUCCUCCUCCUCUUCUUGUAAUCUGUGUGUAUUUCUAACUGAUUGUAUUGAAAAAAAAAUCCUAGUAUUUCAGUGACAUUGCCUGUUAGAGAUGAACCUCCUGUGACUUCUGUCUGUUCUGUUUUGAGGCUCAGGGAGAAACUAGCAUUUUUUUUUUCCAAACUACUUUUUGUCACUGUGACAGUUGUAAAUAAAGUUUGAAAAUGCUUUCCA